AUGGACAAGAACGGUGGCAAGGAACAUCAAAAUGGUCACCCUGCCCUCAGCACUGGGGGAGGUGGCGCUCAACCUCGCUCCUCGCAGCCCUCUCUCGAUGGACCACGCGCCGACGAUGAGCCAGAACCACCCGAUAGUGGCUCACGUCACGAUGCACCGCAACCAACCCAACCCGCAGGAGCUGUUCUGCCUCAAGAACAGCAAGGCGGCCACCCUCGCAGCAGAUCGCUCACCCUUGAAUCCAAGACGGGCCUCACCGCCACCAGCUCUGGCGCUUCUUCUCCCGUCGCCACCUUCAUUGUCGGUCACGACAAGCAAGGCCCCAUCGACCUUGAAGCUCAGCUCAAGCAUCGCGGCGCUGAUGACCGUGGUUCGGUUGCCUCCUCGACAGCCACGCCUAGUGUGCUGCAACCGCAUACACUGACAUUCGACGACUGCCUCGCUCAUCUCAAAUCCAACCCGACCACUGGUCUUUCGAGCGCUGAUGCAACAGAUCGGCUGGCUCGCGACGGUCCAAACACGAUUCGCGAAGCCAAAGGUGUCUCGGUGCUCGAUAUCUUGAUCCGCCAAGUGGCAAACGCUCUCACCAUCAUCUUGCUCGCCGCCAUGGCGCUGUCCUUUGGUGUCAGAGACUGGGUAGAAGGUGCAGUCGUCGCCGCCGUCAUCCUGAUCAACACGCUGAUCGGCUUCAUCCAGGAGUACAAGGCGGAGAAGACCAUGGCGUCUCUUCGCUCGCUCAGCGCCCCAACCGCUCAAGUACUGCGCGACUCUCGCAUCGUAGAGCUACCCGCGCGCGACCUUGUGCUCGGCGACAUCAUCGUCUUUGUCACUGGCGAUCUGCUUCCUGCUGAUGUCCGGCUCAUUGAGCCAAUGUCCAAUUUGGAAAUCGACGAGGCAUCUCUGACUGGAGAGAGCUUGCCUGUCGCCAAAGUGCUCGAUGCGCUGGACGGCAAGGAUCUCGGCCCUGCAGACCGCAUCAAUCUGGGCUACGCCGGUACGGUCGUCACCAAGGGUCGUGGACGAGGUGUGGUGGUGGCUGUCGCUGGUGACACGCAACUCGGCACGAUUGCGGCCGCGAUGGAUUCCAGGGCCGAGCGCAAGGCAGCCAACAGCGCGCUUCCCUUUUACAAGCGCGCCUGGAUCGUCGUCUCUCGCUUCCUUGGCCUUCGUGAUGGAACGCCCCUCCAACGCAAGCUGGCUUGGUUCGCCCUGGUCCUCUUGGCCCUGGCCAUCCUCUGCAUCAUCAUCGUAUUCGCCGUGGCCACUUUCGACCUCAACGAUCAAGUCAUUCUGUACGCUGUCGCGCUCGCCAUCGGUGUCCUGCCAGAAAGCUUGUUGGCCGUGCUCGCCAUCACCUUUGCCGCUGGUGCCAAGCGCAUGGCCCAAGGCGGUGUCAUUGUCCGUCGCCUCGAGGCGCUUGAAGCUCUUGGUGGUGUGGACUGCGUCUGCUCGGACAAGACUGGAACCCUGACCCUUGGCUCGAUGGUGGUCCGAGAACUCUGGGCGCCCUGCUCGAACUCCGGCACAAGCUUCUCUAUUGAUCACACCGGCGCUACUGCUCUGGAACCUGUCGGAAGCAUCCAUCGCUUAUCUUCGCCAGACUCGGUCGGAAAAGCGGACAUGGCCAACAUCACUCUCGACGGUACACCGACGGAAGUCUCCACCCUGGUUCUCGCUGCAAGUCUCUGCAACAUCGCUGAGAUUCACCAAGCCUCAGACGGAAAAUGGUCAGGCCGAGGAGAUCCCACGGAACUCGCUCUGCAGGUGCUCGCUCACAAGCUUGCGACCGGUCGCCCAUCGCUCACGGAGGGCGACUCGCCUGCCUAUACACUGGAACAAGAACAUCCCUUCGACUCUUCCACCAAGAGAAUGACAUCCAUGUACAGCCUGGCUUCUGAUGCUGCGAGCUACACGCUCUUCAUGAAGGGUGGCGUAGACCAAGUGCUCGACACUUGCACCAGUAUUCGGCUCGACGAGCACGGCAGCAUCGUCGCUCUUGACGAGAAGAAGCGUGCUCUGAUCAACAAAACCAUGGAAAAGAUGGCAGCGCAAGGUCUUCGAGUGCUCGCCUUUGCCCAGCGCAAAGUCAGCAAAGAGCGAGUUUCGCGCGCCGAUCCAGAGAAGCAAAGCUUGGAAGCUCGACGCGAGCUCAUGUCGCGCAAAGAAGCGGAGCAAGACUUUACCUUUGUCGGGCUCGCAGCUCUCUACGAUCCACCUCGACCCGAGACCGCAGAUGCUGUUGCUGUUUGCCACCAAGCUGGCGUAAUGGUCAUUUGCGCAACCGGUGACCACCCUGCUACAGCAAAAGCGAUUGCGCUUUCCGUCGGCAUCCUCAAGCCUGAUGCCCCCGCCAGCGCGGUCAUGACGGCUGCUCAAUUCGACAAGCUAGACGAGGCCGCCAUCGAUGCUCUGCCCUCGUUGCCGCUGGUUGUGGCUCGCUGCACUCCUGCAACCAAGGUGAGGAUCAUCAACGCUGCGCGUCGUCGCGGUCUUCGGAUGGCCAUGACGGGAGAUGGAGUCAACGAUGCUCCAGCUUUAACGCAAGCCGACGUUGGCGUGGCCAUGGGAUCUGGAACGGACAUUGCAAAGGAUAGCGCCGAGCUCAUCAUCACCGACGAUAAUUUUGCGAGUCUCACGACGGGCAUCAAGCAGGGACGAACCGUGUUCAAGUCCAUUCAAAAGUUCAUGAUCGCCUUGCUCUGCCUCAACGUUGCAGAGACGCUCCUGCUGCUCAUCGGUCUGGCACUGCGAGACGAUUCUCCCGAACCAGAAAGCAUCUUUCCCCUCUCACCCUUGUCCAUCCUUUUGCUGAACCUCAUCGUCGGACUUCCCGCCAUCGGACUGGGCUUUGAACACCCUGAAGCGGACACGAUGCGCCGACCUCCUCAAAAGACUGGCGUGUUCAGUCGUCAGGUGCUCGUCGACCUCUUUGUAUAUGGCACAGUCAUGGGACUAUUGGAUCUGGCCGUCUUUUUCGCCAUGAUUUACGGCUUCGGACAAGGACAAUUGGGCAUCCACUGCAACGAGACACCAAGCGACAUUUGCGACGGUGUAUUCGAAGCACGCUCGGCCACCUUUACCACGCUCUUCCUUCAGUCCCUGCUCAUUGCGUGGGAGCUGCUGAGCGUGGAGAGAAGCCUUUUCGAACGAGGCACUCUUCAACGACUCAAGUCUAAUCCCUUCCUGACCUGGACGGUGAUUGGAGCAGCGGUCAUCGCUCUGCCCAUCUGUCUAUACGUGCCUGGCUGGAACGACAUUUUGAAGCAAGCACCCAUGGGCAGAGGCUGGGCAGCCACCGUGGUUGGUGUCGUCCUGUUUCUGCUCUUUGUCGAUCUGUGGAAAUGGACUGCUAGACGUGGAGCUUGGCCCUGGCUCACACGCAUCACUGGAGGUGAUUUGGAGUUUAAGAGAACAUUGUCCGAUCUGCCCCAUGCCGAUGAUGCCCUGUCCGACAGGUGCAUCGUUUGA